AGCGGAAGAGGCGGGGACGGAGGGUCUUCCCUGCGACUGUGCCACGUCCGCCGAGGUUGCGGCCGCGCGGCUGACGGAGGCCGGGCCCGGGGCCGGGCCGGGCGCGAUGGCGGACUGGGCUCGGGCUCAGAGCCCCGCCGCUGUGGAGGAGAUUCUAGACCGGGAGAAUAAGCGGAUGGCCGACAGCUUGGCUUCCAAGGUCACCAGGCUCAAAUCGCUGGCCCUGGACAUCGAUAGGGACGCAGAAGACCAGAACCGGUACCUGGACAGCAUGGACUCGGAUUUCACAAGCAUGACAGGCCUGCUCACGGGGAGCGUGAAGCGCUUUUCCACAAUGGCGAGGUCUGGGCGAGACAACCGGAAGCUUCUAUGUGGUAUGGCCGUGGGCCUGAUCGUGGCCUUCUUCAUUCUCUCCUAUCUCCUGUCAAGGGCAAGGACAUGAGCCACUAGGAGCUGACUUCUGUGGGGCCUGGGGCAACCAGGGUCUUCCCCUGCCUGGUGUCCUAGGCUCCAGAGGACCUACCUGCAAAAUACUCCUUUGAAA